UGUAGGUGUAGAUUUGGUCGAGGACAUACGGCGGAGAAACUUAAGCUAAACAAACUCAUCAGUCAACAAAUACACACACUCCAGCGUGUAUUUGCGUGUAAAAAGCGGCUAUUUAAUUCGUUCGACCCAUUUCGAAUCACCCACCUGGAAAGUUUCUGUUAAAGGUUAACAAAUCCUGUUUUGCUUUCUCUAAUCUCUUUUCAUUUAUUUCCGUUCGGUAAGAAUUUUCUGUUCUACACGAACCCUUCAGAAAACAAGGAAAAAAGAAUUGUUGUAAGAUGGCAGCGACAUCAACAACCAACUUUUCAAUUGGACCUGCUGCAUCUGCCAGCUCCAAACUAGGCCCAGUUUCACAGUCAAAGCCCUUUCGUAUCAGAUUCAAUCCUACAAAUCACCUACGGAGUUUCAAUGGCCUCAGGACUGCUAACUCUGUGAGCUGUGAAUCAAAAUCAUUGUUCUUAGGCAGUGAAAGCAGUGCAGUUCUUAAGCGCUCUUAUAUUGGUAAAGCCCGAAAAUAUAACAUGAUAUCUUAUAGAAAUGUCCAGAUUCAGGCAUCUUAUAAAGUAGCAGUCCUUGGAGCUGCUGGUGGUAUAGGCCAGCCACUAGCACUUCUGAUCAAGAUGUCACCAUUGGUUUCUGCACUGCACCUCUAUGAUAUAGCAAAUGUAAAGGGAGUUGCAGCGGACCUUAGUCACUGCAACACACCCUCUCAGGUAUUGGAUUUCACUGGAACAUCUGAAUUGGCCGCUUGUUUAAAGGGUGUAAAUGUUGUUGUCAUACCGGCUGGCGUUCCAAGGAAGCCGGGAAUGACCCGUGAUGACCUAUUUAACAUUAAUGCUAACAUAGUGAAGACCUUAGUUGAGGCUGUUGCUGAUAACUGCCCCGAUGCCUUCAUCCACAUUAUUAGUAAUCCUGUUAACUCCACCGUGCCAAUUGCUGCGGAAGUCUUGAAGCAAAAGGGGGUAUAUGAUCCAAAGAAACUCUUCGGAGUUACCACCCUUGAUGUUGUAAGGGCAAACACAUUUGUUGCUCAGAAGAAAAACCUAAAGCUCAUUGAUGUCGAUGUCCCAGUCAUUGGAGGUCAUGCUGGGAUUACUAUUUUGCCCUUGCUGUCGAAGACAAAACCGUCAGUUACUUACACCAAAGAAGAAGUUCAGGAGCUAACCGUCAGGAUUCAAAAUGCCGGGACAGAAGUUGUUGAGGCAAAGGCUGGUGCAGGGUCCGCCACUCUUUCUAUGGCAUAUGCUGCAGCAAGAUUUGUUGAGUCCUCGCUUCGUGCUCUUGAUGGGGAUAGCGAUGUCUAUGAGUGCACCUUUGUCAAGUCUGACUUGACAGAGCUCCCAUUCUUCGCUUCAAGGGUUAAGAUAGGACGGAAUGGGGUUGAGGCAUUGAUUUCAUCAGACCUCCAAGGAUUAUCCGAGUAUGAACAAAAGGCUUUAGAAGAGCUCAAGCCAGAGCUGAAGGCCAGCAUUGAGAAAGGUGUAGGUUUCAUUCAGAAGCAACCUGUGACUGCUUAGAGCUUUUCUAAUGUUUCAAUCAUCGAGAAGAAAUAAGGGAUUUCAGCUAUCUCAGAUAUGUUGAUGCAACAGCAUUCCAGUUUUGUAGACGACUUGAGAAAUGUGUUCGUUCCCGUAUCCCCCCUUACUACGUAUUGAAGUGAUUUUAUCACCGAGAUAAGAGUAACUGGUGUAAUAGGAUUUUGUUGUCACGUGAGUUAUGUACUACUUAAUGACAUUGCUUGGAAUGAUGUCAAUCGUUCAUAGUCCAUGGAAUCUUGCAUUUGUGUGGGGGUAACGUUAAUUCACUCCUUUCAAAUCAA